AUGAUUCAUAAUCAGAACAGAAAUCCAAUUUCUGAUCCAUAUGCGCUUGAAGAUUAGCUCGCUCGGGAAUUAUAAAAGAGAAAAGUUGAGGAAGAAAAAAGAAGGAGAGAAAUUGAAAGAAUCUGUGCUGAAAGUGAGGAAAUCAAAUUGUUAAAAUAAAAAGUACAAACAGCAUAUGUCACCAAAGAGAGAACACAAUAAUUAGCAGAAUAACAAUUAAGAAGAAUUUAAGACUUGAGAUUAGAAAGCGAAAUUGAGACAGCCAUUCUUGAAAAACUAAAAAGAGAAUAGGAGGAAGAGAGAGCUAAAGAAAAAUACCGUUUGCAUUAAAGGUUAGAGGGGAAAUAUACAUUAUAAAAGUAAAUGAAAGAACAUGAAUAAUUAAGAGAGGAGGCAAAAGAACAAUACGUUUAUGAAAAGGAUCAAGUGAACAGAGUGAUUAAUUAAUUGAUGUAGGAGGAUCGUAAAUUUUUGGAAGAUUCAGCAAGAAAAAAGAAAAUUGCUUUUUCUGAUAUGCAAGUAGCUUUGAGGGAAAAAGCAGAGCUCAUACAAAGAAUGAAGCAGAGGGAAAGGGAUGAAAAUUAAAAAUACUUAGAUUUCAUUAAAGAAAAGGAUAGACAGGCUCAUGAAAUAAAGGUAAAGAAGUAAGAAGAAAAUGCGGCUAAAGAUAAGAUCUUCUAAAAGUUGAAGGAAGAGGAGGAGAGAAGAAAGUAGGAGGCAGAAUUGUUGACAGAAUUAAGGUUUUAACUCUACUAAGAAUAAUAUGAUGCUUAAUAGAGAUAAAAGGAUAUUGAUGAGGCAAAUAAAAGAGAAUUUUAGAAAAGGGAAAUGCAGUAAGCUGAAUAUGAAGCGAGAGUCAGAAAGUAAAAGCAGAAAGAGGAAGAAUAAUAAUUAGAAAGAGAUUUUAGAGAUCAAAUGAUGAGAAAAUUCGCUGAGGAUGAUAAGAUUGAAUAAUUAGGAUAAUAGAAAAGAAGAAUGAAAGAGAUGGAGCAUAAAAAAGAAGUGGAGAGACUAUGGCAAUAAAGAUUAUAAUUGUUUUAAAUGGAGAAGCAAAAGGAGAUGGAAUAAUUGGAAAGAUAAAGAAGAGAAGAAUUAUAUAAACAAUAAGUAAUAGAGGAGGAGAAGAAUAGAAUUCUAUAAGACCAUUUGUAAUAGGUUGGAGAGUUUAUUCCAAAAGGCUUAUUGUUAAAAUAGGGAGAUACACAAUAUAUUAAAUAGUCAUAACCAAAUGGAAGUUAUUAGUCUGGAUUUAGAUUUUGAUAUUAAUAAAUUUUAUCUAAAAUUAAAUUCCUAAUUUUAUUUGGCAAAAA